AUGUCACCUUCUUUCUCUGUCUCGCCAACUUGCAAGGUUGAACCCCCUAGUACAAAUACUAUUGGUUCAGUGCUCCAACGGCACUUUCCGCCUUCGGUCCAGAUUCAAGAGGUAUAUCCUCUGGAGGGUCAUCUACAUUCCGUCAGUCUCCUGAUACUUUCAAAUGGAGCCCAAUGGCUUCUGAAAUGUCCACCCCGGUCGACAACACCUCUUUUACGGCGAGAACAGCUCCUGCUUGAGACGGAAGCACGAGCUCUGUCCAUUCUAGGGCAGAGUGCAACUCCAUAUGUGCCAUCGUUUGUACAUUACGGCUUUCAAGGUGGCCCUUUUGGGUCUGCCUUCUUGGUCAGACAUUAUGUCACAGGCAUGACCUUGAAGGAGAUGGGACCCCGACUCACGACGCAAGAACGCCGAAAACUGGACAGAGAUCUGGGGUCGCUGGUCCAACAAAUCGGACAGCCCCUUUCGAACUCCUUCGGCUCGCUGGAUCAGGUGGCCUGCGGGCGGGGAAAGCUCUCCUGGAGAGACGCUUUCGUCGUGCUCUUCGAGGACAUUCUGCGAGACUCAGAAGAUGCUUUUGUUCAUCUCCCCUAUUCUGAGAUUAGGCAUCACGUUCGCCGUCUGUCAUAUGCACUGGAAGAAGUCACCCUACCACGGUUGGUAGUGAUUGGCCUAGGCCGUCCGUCACAAGUAUUUCUGGAUCCGGCAUCCAGAAAAUUGUCUGGAGUGACGGGCUUUGGCCAUGCAUUGUGGGGUGACAUAUACAUGGCCGAGGUCUUCGAGGAUCCUUCGCCUGCCAUGCUCGAAGGCUUUGGCACUCGAUUUACGAAGAGCGAGUCACAGGUGACUCGUCAAUUACUUUAUGCUUGCUACCGCUCUGUCCACAACAUCACAAUACACUAUUAUCGCGACAAAGACAUGACUGCUGAGAUGGAGGCGAGGAGACGGCUAACGACGACCUUGGCAGAAAUGACUCGGUUCUCCUCGGUCGCUACACUCCUGACUAUCAGCAGAAUGGCGCACUUCCUGAGAGGGAAACAGGCCGGCAUCCAGAAGGACUUUUCCGAAGGGUUGUCGCCGGACCUGUUCGCCCUCGAUGAUUUCGCUCGCUGCGGUAUCAACUCUCAAGUCAGUGCUAUUGCCUACGACCCGAUUCAGUCCCUCCUUGCAGUCGGAACCAGUGAUACCCAGUUUGGACAUGGUCAGAUCUACGUGUUUGGUCAACGGCGCGUAUCGGUCAUCUUCUCGUUGCCUCGCAAAGCCUCUGCGAAACACAUUCAAUUCUGCGCCGACAAGCUCGUUAGUGUCGACUCGAAAAGUGAAAUCACAAUCUUCUCCCUUGAGACCGGCAAGACAUUGGUUUCGUAUGCACCUCCGAGCCAUGCGAGUGCGUUAUUAACCGACCCGAGUCUCGACUAUGCUUUCAUUGGCUUGCAAAAUGGCGACAUUAUCGCAUACGAUCUGGAUCGUGAAACCUUGACGCCCUUCAGGGUACCGAAUCUGUGGGCUCAACGCAAUGCGCGGACGCGUAUGUGUCCGGUAAUUAGUCUCGCCUUUUCUCCUCGCGACAUUGGCAAGAUCUUGGUCGGGUAUCCGGACGGCGCAGUGACCUUCUCUUUCAAACAAAACGUCGCACAGAAAUACUUCGAAUAUGAAGUGCCUCCAGGCGCGCUGGGUGGGAAUGCGGAGGUACCGAUUUCGGAUUUGCGCAGACCCAGGUUGACCCAGGCUCUCUGGCACCCGAAUGGCAUCUUCGUUUUGACGGUUCAUGAUGACAACAGCCUGGUUUUCUGGGAUUCGAAGGACGGUCGCAAGGUGAUGGCUCGGUCCAUUGACACCCCCAAUGUUGAUCAGCCAGGCGUAAGUCUCGAAAGGCCUUCUUCGGCGGGAGCCACUGGGUUCAAGGAUCCGAUCACACACGUCGCGUGGUGUGUCAAGGACAACGGUGAUGACAGUGGGCUUUUGAUUGCCGGUGGUCGGCCAAAGGCCGAGUCCCUCAAGGGCCUUACCUUUUUGGAUCUGGGCCCUACUCCGAACUAUCAAACGUCUACCUGGCCUAUGAUUUCGAAGUACUUCGAAUCUCCAAGACGUGUCUCGGUCCUACCCACCCCACCUGGAGGUGAGGUGGUCGACUUUUGCCCUAUUCCACGCAGCACUCCUUAUUUUGGUGGCGCACAUGAUCCCAUUGCCCUGAUUGCCCGCUUGUCCUCGGGAGAACUGAUCACCAUGAGCUUCCCGACUGGACACCCUAUCACACCUACAAAUAUGCUUCACCCAUACCUGUCUUUCGUGCACCCGUUCGUGACCAAGGCGACAUUAACCGCAGUUGAUCGCUCUGCUUGGUUGGGCUUGAAAGAGCGCAGGUCACAGGGACCUAAGUUCCUCUUGGGCGGCGCAGAGGCCAAGAAAGCACUGAAACGCUUCGAAGAUCGAAACAUCAUCACCACCGCCCAUGCGGAUGGCACUAUUCGCAUCUGGGACGGAGGCAUUGAUGACGAAGUUGAAAACGGAGAGAUCAUACAAGUGGACUUGGCCCGCGCAGUAGGUCGUGUGGGCAACGUCGAAGUCACUAAGAUGUCUCUAAGUGGUUCAACGGGUGAGCUGUCCGUAGGUCUCAGAACUGGUGAGCUUGUUGUCUUCCGCUGGGGAAGCAACAAGAAUUUCGGAAGUGAGCAGCCCCCAGGUGCCAAUGAAGGGCUCGGUAAGUUGACCUCGAUCACUCAUCGGGUUGAUCCUGGGCUCAAGCAAGGCAUUCUUCCCCUCACCCUCCUCAACAUGCAACAGGGACCAGUGACUGCUCUCAAACACAGCCAGGUUGGGUUUGUCGCAGUCGGUUUCGAAAGCGGAAGUCUAGCAAUCAUUGACUUGCGCGGGCCGGCGAUCAUCCAUACAGCCCAUUUUUCGGAGUUGCUGAAGGCAAACAAGAGGAGCAGCUUCUUCAAACAGCGCAGCUCCGAGUCUUCCUCUCCAGAGUGGCCCACAUGUAUCGAGUUCGGGGUGCUUACACUCGAAGGAGAAGACUACUCAAGUAUCUGCUGUUUUGUGGGUACCAGUAAAGGUAAUCUGGCGACUUUCAAAAUUUUGCCAUCGGAUAAUGGUACCUACUCGGCAGUCUUUGCUGGUGCAAGCUUACUAGACGAUAAGGUCAUCAACAUCAUUCCAAUCAAUGCUGACAGCGGCAAUCCUGCUUCGGCUUCUCCUAACGCUGUUGGAGGCCUCCGCAACGGCAUCAGAGUGAAUGGAGUAGUGGUUGCCGUGACUGUGUCAGGGUGUCGAAUUUUCAAGCCUGCGACAUCCAAGGGCGCUCAUAGGUCUUGGGACGAUUACCUCUGUGAUUAUGCUACGGUAGUCAAGAUUGAGGGCCGCGGCUAUAGCCUUGUUGGUCUUUUUGGCGACGGAAACACACGGGCCUUCUCUAUCCCCGGACUCAAAGAGAUCGGUUGCAGCCCGAUCAAUCAGAUGGCCGACAUGAGACGACUUGCCGAUGCUAGUGCCUCCUCUAAUGGUACCGUCAUGGUCUGGACAAGCCCUUCAGAAGUGGGGUUGUUUAAUGUCUGGGGGGCAGGAACUGGCCUCCGACCUUCUGAGGACCAAUUGUACAAUCCUCAAGCAGUCGUCCCACCCCGACCAACGAUCACGAAUAUCCAAUGGAUCUCCGGCACGCAGUACAUCUCGCCGGCCGACAUGGACUUACUUAUUGGUGGUCCCGAUCGCCCUCCCUCAAAACGCAUGCAGGAACAGAUGCGGUUGGACGAACAGGAGCGUCGAAAGGCAUUCAGAGAAGGCAGGACAAACACCAACCAGUCUUCAGACUCAGGCAAUCAGGAGGGAUACUGGUCCUACAUGCAACGUCAGGUCACGGAGCGUACAGAGCGGCUCAAUCUAGCUGGUGACCAGAUGGAACGAUUGGAAGAGAGCAGCAGCAACUGGGCUCGAGACGUCAACAAAUUCGUCCAGACCCAGAAACGGAAGGCUGUGAUGGGCGGUAAGUACACCUUGAUCUGGAAAUAUGCUAGGCCAUACUGA